AAGUAAACAGUAAACGAAAACAUAACCUAUAAAAAUCUCACAUUAUAUGAAUAAAAUACUAUAUAAUUCUAUUUAAACAAAUGGAAGAUGUCGACACCGUUGAAAAUUUUUACGGAGUCUACCUGUUAUAUUGUUUGAAUCCGAAAUACAAAGGAAGAACUUAUAUAGGUUAUACCGUAGACCCAAAUCGAAGAAUUAGACAGCACAACAAAGGAAAACAGUAUGGGGGAGCCUGGAAAACGAGCAAUAAAGGCCCUUGGUCCAUGGUAAUGAUUAUUCAUGGAUUUCCCAAUGAUAUCGCGGCGUUAAGGUUUGAAUGGGCUUGGCAACACCCUCAAGUCUCAAGAAGACUUCAGCACGUUCAAAAGAAGAAGACGAAAGAAAAAUCCUACGAUUUUUGUAUUCGAGUGCUAAGCGAGAUGUUAACAGUUGGCCCUUGGUGUCGACUCCCUCUAACAAUAAGGUGGUUGAAUUCAGAAUUUGUAAAGGAAUUUUCAUCGCUAAAAGUUCCUCCACUCCAUAUGCCCAUUUGUCAAGGCCCAGUCAUCAGCAAGAAACUACAAAAGACUGCCGAGGGCUCAACAGAUGUUCCCGAUCAGGGCCAUGCUUCGUAUUGCAACCUUUGCUUCAAACCGAUCGAAGGGAGAAAGUUGAACUGUUUGAACGGUAGGUGUAACUUAAAUAGCCACGUGGUUUGUUUAUCGAAGCACUUUGUGGACAAAGGCGAAUAUAUUCCUGUGGAAGGAAAAUGUCCGAAAUGUGCAGGUACAUUUUUGUGGGGGGACAUUAUUAGGAAAUUUAGAGGGUGCUAUAAUAGCUUAGAUUUAAGUAUUAACGUCGAUUCGGCCAAUGCGUUUUACUCUUCUGAUUCUGAAUAGUUGUAUUUUCUUAAACGCAUUGCAAUAAAGUUAGUAGAACGUAUUAUUUUUUAA